AUGUCUAGAAUUCGUAGUGAUUGGUCGGAGCUUUGUUCCGAUAUUUUGAGACUAAUCUUCGAAGGAUUAGGGUCAAAAGAUUUUCGUCGAGCAAGAAGUGUUUGCUCACAUUGGUAUGAUGUUUCAAGAAAAUGUACGCUACCUCUGUAUCCAUGGCGAAUUCUGUUCAAAGAGGGUUUGACUUUUUUGUGCGAUCCCGGUGAUGUUGAAGAAAAUUUUCACGUAAAAGAACAUCUCGGUUUCCAUCUAUCGAAAAGCUCUGUUAUGGCUAGUUGCAGCACCUGGCUCUUGAUGAAGGAUCCUAGUCUCCUAUAUCUUUUGAACGUGUUUACUCCUGAGACGAUCAAUCUUCCAUUGAUGGAGUCAUGUCAAGAACGAAGAGACGAUGAUUUUGAAGGUUUCAUCAAGUCCACCUACAAAAGACAAAAGAUAUCAAAGUUUAGUUGUGCCCAAAAUCCGGCAUGUUUUUGGAUAAACGAGAGAAGAAGGGAUUAUGUUGUAGCUUGGAAUGACCAGAAAAGCAACAACUUGUUCACAUAUAAGAAAGGAGAUGACUAUUGGUAUACCCUUGAAGGCAUCAACUGUGUAGACAUGGCGUAUAAAGACGCCAAGCUUUAUCUAUAUACGUUUGAUUGCUCCAUCAAGAUUUUUGAUUUCUCUGGAGAUUUCCCUAACGAAAUCAUACGAGGAAACCCGUAUCGUAACCAUCCGUUUCACUAUCCUUUUCAACCUUGGGAAUCCGUUUGGAAGGCUAAAGUUGCGACUACGAACUCGGGGGAUGUUUUGAUCGUUUUGAGCAUGAGAGGGUUAGUAGGGGAACGUUUCUUUAGCAUGUUCAAGAUGAAUUCGGAAAGUGGUGACUGGGAGAGAGUAGAAUCUCUCGGAGGUGAGGUGUUGAUAUUUGGUCACGGGGUCACAAUCAAAGAUGUCAAUGGUUGGGGAAUCAAGAGUGAUUCAAUCUGCUUUGGUAAUGAUGAUCUUUGUCCAACUAGUGGCUGUGCUGCUCGUUUUAAACCCAACAAGAAAAAUAAGUCUGGUGUGUUUGAUCUAGCCACGAGUAGAAUCACAUCAUCAGCUGAAUCGUUCUCGAAGGGUUUUUGGUUUGUUCCUGGAGGCCAGUAG